AUGCAAAGUUAUCCAGUUUCCCCUCUUGAAUCUGAUUUUCAAGAAUCACCAGCUGGAUCACCAUAUUCUCCUCCUCCGACUAUCGAUUUCAGUCAAAAAAGAUCUCUAGAUAGUAAAGAAAAUCAGAAAUCUGGCACUGCUUUUUUGUCUAAUCGAAAAGAGAAAUCUUCUCAGCCAAAUAGAAAAUCAUUUUUCAGAGAUGUUGAUAAUGAUGAAAAUUCUAAAGGACAAAUAUCGAAAGAAUUUCUUAUUAAUUCUAUUCAAAGUUUAUCUACGCAGCAAUGUUGUCAAAUUGCGACAGAAAUGCAGAUUUUUCCAUCCACGAAGCAAAUGUUACUGACUUAUGUUGAAAGUUUAAGUCCUUCGAAUUUGAAUUUAAUUAAUCAAGUUUUAGGAAUUGUUCAGAAACAAAAUAUUCAAAAUAUUAAAAAGUUCGAAACUCCACAAGAAGUAUUAUUCGACUGUAGAUAUUCUCUGAUCAAUGCUCCGCCAAUUUUAACUGAUUCUCCUGUAGGUCAAGCUCAAGUUUCAUAUUCAUUCGAAAUUCCUCCUUUACAACCAGGAGUUCAUAUAAUUAUACAGUCUCUAUCGCCAGAUGCCAAAACUCGAUGCAUUUAUUGGCCAAAAUCACUUGUUAUUUUGAUUAAUAACAUUCCUAUCAAGAACAGAGGCGCUUAUUUAUUACCAUUCAUAGAUAUUACGAAAUACGCAACAACAGGCGUUGUAAAUAUUUUUUGUGAUCAAGAAUCACAAAAUUAUCUAUUAAGUGCCAUACAAGUCAAAUACAUGAAGUACGAUGAGAUCAUUGAAGAGAUCAAAACUCAAAGAGUUUCAUCAGAUCCGGUUGAUGGAAUUCCACAAUGCUUAAUUGACCCAACUACUGGAAGAUUGAUACAGUAUCCAGGUAGAGGUAAGCAAUGCAUGCACUCCCAGUGCUUUGAUCUCAAAGAAUACCUCAAAACAGCAAAUGCUUCUCACCAAUGGAUUUGUCCUAUUUGUAGAAUGCAACUGCCAGUUCAGAAUUUAGUUUUUUCACAGACCACUUAUCAACUUUUGUGUACAAUUACAGGGAAAAAUAUCCAAAUGAUGAACCCAAUGUAUCCAAAUUCUGGUAAUGCCAUGAAAUAA